GAAAUGUGAGUUUGCUUGCAAGUCGUACAAGGGUCAUUUGCAGGACGUGUGAAUCAGUGAGCAGCGUGAUAUUCCGUUCAUUCCAGGUUGACGUGAAUUCCGGAUCGGCUAAUCGUUCGUGACAUUGACGAAGGAGGACAAAUAGUUUAAUUAACCAUGUCCGUGAAAUGCAAAAUUGGUCCAUCGGUUCUCAAUGCUGAUCUUUCGGAUUUGUCUGAGGCAUCUACGAAGCUGUUGGAUAGUGGAGCCGAUUAUUUGCAUUUAGAUGUCAUGGAUGGUCAUUUUGUUCCGAACCUAACGUUUGGUCAUCCAGUUGUCAAAUGUUUAAGAAACAAGAUUCCCAAAGCAUUCUUUGAGACACACAUGAUGGUGUCGAAACCAGAGCAGUGGAUUGAACCCAUGGCGGACGCCAAAGUAGAUCAAUACACAUUCCACAUUGAACCUGUCAGUGAUGUUCCUAGCAUAUGUCGCCAAGUCAAAGAGGCAGGAAUGAAGGUUGGACUUGCCUUGAAACCAGGCACUGGUGUUGAAGUUGUCGCAAAAUAUAUUGACAUGGCAGACAUGGUAUUGAUAAUGACUGUCGAACCAGGAUUUGGUGGCCAGAAAUUUAUGACCAAUAUGAUGGACAAAGUGAGAUGGUUACGGGAGAAUUAUCCCUCCCUUGAUAUUGAAGUUGAUGGUGGUGUAGGUCCAUCAACCAUUGAUGCAUGUGCUCAGGCUGGUGCCAAUAUGAUUGUGUCAGGAACUGCAGUGACGGGAGCCACAGAUCCAAGUCAAGUCAUCAAGACACUCAGAAAUUCUGUUGAAAAGGUUAUUAACAAAUCAUAAUUGUUCAGUAAUAAUGAACUUGUAUUUUAAUGGUACGGUGAUUUGUAAGAAUGUUGCAAUUGAUAUUGAGUACAAAUUUUAUGUCAUUCCAAUCAUGUGAAGUAUAUAUGUUUUUAAAAAUU